UCCCCGCCCCUCUCCCUUCCCUCUCCCGCCCCCCCACCGCGGCCACCCAGCGCCGCAGGCCUGUUGGUCGAGCUUUCGCAGUUGGGACUGCGGACUCUGACCGUGUCUGCGCCGGGGCGAUCCGGGACUUAGCAGCGCUCGGCUUGCAGACAUGGGAAAGUCUUUUUCCCAUUUACCUUUGCACUCAAAUAAUGAAGACACCUAUGAUGGACUCACAUCAACUGAAAAUAUCAGGAAUGGAUUGAUUAAUAAUGAAGUCCAUAAUGAAGAUUCAAGAAAUGGAGAUGUCUCUCAAUUUCCAUAUGUGGAAUUUACAGGAAGAGAUAGUGUCACUUGCCCCACUUGUCAAGGAACAGGAAGAAUUCCAAGGGGGCAAGAAAAUCAACUGGUGGCAUUGAUUCCAUAUAGCGAUCAGAGAUUAAGACCAAGAAGAACAAAACUGUAUGUGGUGGUUUCCGUGUUCGUCUGUCUACUCCUUUCUGGACUGGCAGUGUAUUUCCUUUUUCCUCGCUCUAUUGAUGUGAAAUACAUUGGUGUAAAAUCAGCUUACGUCAGUUAUGAUGUUCAAAAGCGUGUGGUAUAUUUGAAUAUCACUAACACACUAAACAUAACGAACAAUAACUUCUAUUCGGUUGAAGUUGAAAACAUAACCGCUCAAGUUCAGUUUUCAAAAACAGUUAUUGGAAAGGCACGCUUAAACAAUAUAACCAAUAUUGGUCCACGGGAUAUGAAACAGAUUGAUUACACAGUACCUACUGUGAUAGCUGAGGAAAUGAGUUAUAUGUAUGAUUUCUGUACACUGAUAUCCAUCAAAGUGCAUAACAUAGUGCUCAUGAUGCAAGUUACAGUGACAACAACAUAUUUUGUACACUCUGAGCAGAUAUCCCAGGAGAGGUACCAGUAUGUUGAUUGUGGAAGGAACACAACUUACCAUUUGGGGCAGGCUGAAUAUCUAAAUGUACUUCAGCCACAACAGUAAAAACUGAAAGAAUUGUCCCUGGAGAAGAAGAAAUACUUAUUAAUGUUUUUCAAAUUUUCAGAGAUGAAGUACUUCCUUAUAGGUCCUAAAUCAAACAAACCUAAAGUUUACAUUCCUGUUUAAAGAGUACAGUUAAAAGUAUGUGGACUUAGCAUUACUACAGCUCCCCAUUCUGUGGUCAUGUUUGUAGCAGGCUCUUUUACUUGACUCUAAAUUCACUGUUUGGUUUUCUUUUACAUCCUGCCCCCAGAGGGGAAAACUGAAAUUUUUCCUUGAAGGACAAUAAAUAAUUAUUUAAAAAUCAGAGCUCUAGUAACUGUUGAAAAUAUAAUUUUAGUGAUGAGCAUAAUUUAAGAAACUUUAUUUCUGAUGUUUUUAUAGAAUUUUACUAAAUCUUCAUGGGAGAAUAUUAAAGAGUAAUCUUCUUUU